UGCGAGCUCAGUCUAGCAGCAAAAGUCCAAGCGACUAGCUGGUGUCCGGUGUUCCAAGCGAUCGCAGUUUUGAAUCUGGAUUUUCGAAUUUCGAUUGGGACUUGAUUGGGGCUAUAUUCAUCUGAAUCGGCAACGCUAGUUGAAAUUCAGAAUAUACCUACAGCAUAGCACAGUACAUCACAGAGCCUGAGCCUGAGCCUUCAAGAUGUCGCAGCCACUCAAGUUCUACUUCGAUUUCCUUAAUCAAUCGAGCCGGGCGCUCUACAUCCUUCUGGAGGCAUCCAAAAUCCCCUUCGAGGCCAUACCCAUAUCGAUGCUGAAGGGCGAGCACUUGACUGGCGAGUUCCGGGACAAUGUGAACCGGUUCCGCAAGCUGCCGGCGAUCACCGACCAUGGCUACCAGCUGUCCGAGAACGUGGCCAUCUUCCGGCACUUGGCCCGCGAGAAGCUGGUGCCGGAGCACUGGUACCCACGGCGCCAUCUCGGUCGCAGCCGGAUCGACGAGUACCUGGCCUGGCAGCAGACGCACAUGGGCGUGGCCACCACCGAGUACUUCCAGCAGAAGUGGCUGGUGCCCUAUUUGCAGAAGACGCGCCCAACCGACAAUGCGGUGAAUCUCGCCAGCAAGCAGCUGGAGCACACGUUAAACGAGUUCGAGCAGCUCUUCCUCAACUCCCGCAAAUUUAUGAUGGGCGAGAACAUAUCCUAUGCGGAUCUCAGCGCCAUCUGCGAAAUCGAUCAGCCCAAGUCCAUUGGCUACAAUACGUUCCAGAACCGCAACAAGCUGGCCCGCUGGUACGAGGCGGUUCGCGAGGAGCUGGGCCCGCACUACAAGGAGGUGCUCGGGGAGUUCGAGACCAAGCUGAAGGGCAGCGGCAGUGGGCAGCAGCAGGGCGUGGCCCAGGCGGUGAAGCAAUAGCCGCGGGACCCGUCCACCCUCGGACCGUCCACAAAUCUUGUUUAGUUACCUAAGGCAAUCGACUAUUUAACCCGUUUUUUUUUUUUUUUUGUAUUUUGUGAUUGUACUUACUUUUUAAGAUUUAACCUUCCUAUCGCUCUUUUUAAUCUUUAACCUUUAACCCUACCAUUUGAAUCUAGUAUUGCUCAUUUGUAUAUCCCUGUUUUUCUAUUAUAUAGCUACGCAAAAAAAAAAACCAAUAUAUAAUAUUAGAGCUUAGUUGUUAAUUAUGUAUCUUAAAUAUACGUAUAUAAAGUACGCUUAUGAUUGUUAA